GUGUCAGAGUUAAAAUUGCACGAUGCCAAUUCAGCACCGAUCCAGGCCACGUCCAUCCAUCGACGAUCGUUACUCUUGGCGAAAUCAUAACAGCUAAUUUCAUCAAGAUAACGAUGCUUUAAUCAUUAUUGGACCGACUUGCUGGAUCUGUGGGACAGCAUGCGCCCGGAGCGCGAACACUUCUACAAAGUUAAUCUGCUUAAACCGAAAUAACAAUCCUAUAUCCUCCUCCAUGCCUGAGUUUUAAAUGUCUUUGCCUGUGCGAUUAUCUCCGCCCUCUAUAGACAGGUGACGGUAAACUUCACUUUAGUACUGCCAGCACAGUUGCACACCUUUUACCUGUGACUUAUGAUGAGCACAUCGAGAAUAUGACUUUGUUUUACUGGGGUGAAGAGUUGAAACGGGAUAAAUAGAAAUAUUGAUGCCAAAUUAAACUAAUAAUGAUGCAAAAUUAAACUAAUAAUGACUGAAAUGCUAACUAGUAAGGGAAAGGCGAUUAGGAAUCAUUUUAAAUCCUCUAGAACGUUCCGUUAAGAAUCGCAGUGUGCAUUUGUCGCAAACCUAAAUAUGACGUUCACACUUCCUUUGACCAUCAUAACUAGCAGACAGACCAACGCUCACACACGCACACAAACUGACUUCCUGUGUUAAAUUAGUAGGCAUGCGUUUCAAGCCUUGUGUCGUUAUUCAAAGAUGGAAAAUAUACUAAAAGUGUGCGGCAGUGUAUCAUCAUUUCUGAGUGUGGGCUUCAAGGAACAUUCCCACCACUGAGCCGCAGACCCGUUGAAUGUUAAGUGUGGACUUCCGAAAGGCUUCAUAGACUGAUCCGCUACAUUGUGAAGAAACAGCGGUGACCUGCGGUGACAACAUUCGUCCUCAUUCGUGCGAUGUGAAACAUGGACCAUCCGGCGUAUCAUGGGCCCAUUACCAAACAGAGAUGCGAGGAGUUACUGGGCAAGAAAGGAAAGGAUGGGACGUACCUCAUCCGUGACAGUGAGACCAUCCAGGGAGCUCUCUGCCUAUGUGUGUUCAAACAAAAAGUCGUUUUUACUUACAGGAUCCUACAAUCCCACACUGGAUACUUUACUUUACAGACUAGUUCGGGAGUAGAAGAAAAGUUUUUCAAAUCAUUGAAGGAACUUAUUCGGCAUUAUAAACAGAAAAAUCAAGGGUUAGCAACACACUUGUGCCGUUCACUGAAAAUAAAAACAUUCCAAGAACAGCCUCGGCAAUGUGCAGAACCAGGUGUGCCCGAUGAGGACAAUGACUAUGAAAAUGUGGAAUGCUCUGGGGAAUAUGUUGUUGUUCUUCCAAAUUGAUUUAUAUGCAAUAGCUUUGUUUCCACAAACUAAUACUGGUAAUUGAAUUACCGGCACAACGACAUGUAUGACAUAUCGACAAUAGCCACGGAACUAACUUACUCUGGUGUUAGUAAACAAGUACAAGGUCAUGUUCAAGCUUUAUCACCUUAAAGGAAAUCAAGCAGCAAUUUACCAGUGAAGACCGUAAAAAGGACUAAAGUAACAUUUUUACUUGGAAAUGGGAUCAGCCAAUAAGAAUAUUUGAAAAAAUAAUUGAGAUAACAUUAGAAUUUGUACAUUUUGUAAAUUUGACUAAAAUUCUUGUAUGUAAAUGUUGUCUACAUUUGUCAAUAUUGUAAUAUGCUGUGAAAGUUGUUUUUACGAAUGAAUUUUAUGAAGUUUGAUAGUGUUCAUAGUAAAAACACAAAUAGAUGUGUUUUUUUUUUUUUUGGGUAGAGCUUGGUGCAUUACGUCAUGGAUAACUGUGGGUGUGGGACUAAUCUUAAAAUCUUUUUCCGACUUUUAAAACUUGCAAAUAAUUUGAAUCAACUUAUUAUGUAAUGAAAACAAUUAUGUCUGAGUAAGAGAAACUUAGUUCAUUAUUUAUGGCUUUCUUAUCGCGGACACUGUUCCUACACAAAUAUUAUGUAUGUGUGUUUUUAUUAAUGACCCGUCAUCAAAUGUACAUAUACGUUUGUUAUUCAUUUUAAAUAAAAUGUAUUA